UUCCUGAGUAUUUGUGCAGGGCAAGAGCUGUCAAGGCUCGCCCGGCCGGGAAGAUUGAUAGCGAGGGGCUCCGGAAAGACCAGUCCUGCGACACAACAAUACGCGCUCUCUCACACACACACAACACCACACCCCACGCGCACAGCACCGACGCACGCACACACCACCACACCGCAUCCUAACAUCCUGAACCCUCGUAUAGUGCGCGGCGCACACCGCGGUGUGCGUGCGUGAGUUGUGAUCGCGGAUAAAGGCGCCCUCAUUGCAAAGUCGUUGCCCGCGAGCGAGGCGCCCUCGCCGCACGUUUAUUUGUGUGACCCCGGGGUGAACCUGGCCCGCGACACGGGGCAGCUCUGAGACUGCAUGUGGCGCGUUUAUGAGUAAAACAGGAGCAGGGCCGCUCCUCCUUCUCCUCCUCCUCCCUCCUCCUCCUCCUCAUGACCUCCUCACGCACGUGUCGCGUUCGGCUGCGCACAUUGCGCGCCGAACGAAGACGGCGGCCGUGGAAUGAUGAGAGAAAGUGCUCCGUCAAGGCAGCGAUGAACUACGAGUUUGAGCGGGAAACGGGGUUCAUCAACAGCCAGCCCUCGCUCGCCGAGUGCCUGACAGCCUUUCCCCCUGUCGCCUCCGUCGCCGCUGAGACAUUUCAAAGUUCAUCAAUCAAGGGCUCGACGCUUUCACCCCCGACGACGCUCAGUCCUCCUCCUCCUUUCGAGUCGAUCAUCCCGGCUCUGCAGCACGCCACUCGGCCGCCAGCGAGCCGGGCAAGGGCGGCUCCCUCCGGUCGUCUCACCUCGUCCUCCUCUCAUCCUCCCGAGUAUCCGUGGAUGAGAGAGAAGAAAUCGUCGAAGAAACAACAGCAGCAGCAGCAACAUCAUCAUCAGCAGCAGCAGCAGCAUCAGCAGCAGCAGCAUCUACAACCCGCGCCUCCAGUGCCAUCGUCGGUUGCCGGGCCCGUCUCGCCCACAGAUGACUCCUUAGACGAGGACGGUGCGAACGGUGGCUCCAAGCGGCUCCGCACCGCGUACACCAACACGCAGCUGCUCGAGCUGGAGAAGGAGUUCCACUUCAACAAGUAUCUCUGCCGGCCGCGGCGCGUCGAGAUCGCCGCGCUGCUCGACCUCACCGAGCGCCAAGUCAAAGUUUGGUUCCAGAACCGGCGCAUGAAACACAAGCGGCAGACGCAGUACAAGGAGAACCAGGACAGCUCGGACGAAGCCUUCAAGAAUAACAAUGGGAAUUCUGAUCCCAGCGUGGAGCCCAAUUCCAACUCGUCCGUCGCCCAAUCCUUAAUCAGCAAUGUGCCCGGCGCUCUGCUGCAAGAAAGGGAAGUCUACGACGUUCAAUCAAACGUGCCAAUCCAUCAAUCGGGCCACAACUUAAACAACGGCGGCGCGCCCAGGAAUUUCAGCCUCUCCCCCGCGUCGAGCGGCGAUGAGAGCCCCGGGCCUGAGGACGAAGGAGCCGGGCAGCAGCAUCAUCAGCAGCAGCAUCAGCAGCGAGCAUCGUCCAGGAGCCCCGAGGCGAGCAGCCCCGACAGUCUGAGCAUGCCUUCAUUGGAGGACCUCGUCUUCCCGGGCGACUCCUGUUUACAGCUCACGGCCACCAGUAUGCCCGCAUUACCGGACGGCUUAGAGAGCACGCUGGACCUUUCCACGGACAAUUUUGACUUUCUCGAAGAGACUCUGAACUCCAUAGAGCUGCAGAACCUGCCCUGCUGAGAGUGGAGGUGCGUUUCGGGGGGGGCUGGGGGGCUGGGUGGGUGGAAUUGGGGGGCACCAGCAAACUGCAGCAGCAGCAGGAGGCACAGAGCACUUGGGCGAUGCUGUUCUCGUCGCGAAAUUCACUUCGCGUCUCGUUUUUUUGUCAAAGUUCGUCCGCGCGGCCCGCGGAGUUUGUUGCCACCGGCGGGGCGGACGAGGUGAGAGUCUUAAAUAUUAAAAACUAAAAAAAACUUUAAAAACAUUAUCAUUGAGUCGAGGGACGGUGAUCGCUGCCCGAUGGAAGCGCAGGGGAUGUGAACGACGCUGACGAUGUGUUUUUUGUAUUUUUUUUUUAUUACCGCGGCUCUUUUAUUGUUGUUAUUUUUUUGUUUGUUUGUUUAAUUUUGAACAGUUUUAAUAGUUUACAAACGGAAAGUACAAGUUGGACACGGGCAAAACACGUUAAGGGCACCGCUCUCGUUCUAUUCACGUACCCCCCUCCUUCCCAGCUGGGAUGGAUAAGUGGACAUGUUACAAAGCAUUUAUAGUUGU